UCACAGUAGAAAAAAGUAAAUAUCAACAUCAUGGAGGGGGAGAGAGUAUUUUCUCUCCUAUAAACAGGAGGAGAAAGUGCAACUCACACUUUUAUUUGUGUAGGUAUUGUGAAUUAUGUGAACACCCUUUUACUUUUUCACCUAUUUACCGUGAUGAUAUGCCAGAAAGAGUACCUUUGCAUGUCAUCUUGUCUGGUUUAAUACGUCGAUUGGCUUCAUUGAUCAAGACAUGUUGUCGAGGAUUAGCUGUGGCACUUGUCUGGUUAGUGGUAUUGCCUAGUUUCACACUCUGGACUUGGCGUUUUUAUUUCUGGAGUGGUGAAAACAUUGGAUUUAGAGUACAGGCCAAACCAGCCACAGAAUCAGAUACAUCAUCAUUCUGGACAACUACAACAAAGUAAGUCUUUGUCUUUAGAAUGAGAUGUAUUCAUAACAAUCAUUAUUAGAACCUUUUUGUCUGAUUGUUUAGAAGGACAGAUGAUCACAGCCUUUGUGAUUGUGAUAUUUGUUGCUGCUUAUCUGUUUCGAGAAUGGGUGAUGCAAAACUUACCUGCAGUAGAACAACAGCAACAACAACAACAACAACAACAA